AUGUGCAUCGCCUUAAUCUCCACCGCUCAUCCGGAUUACUCACUGAUCAUCAUUGAUAAUCGAGAUGAAUUUCUCCAUCGACCAACCUCGUUGCCAGACUGGUGGGAGGAGCCAUUCGUGCAUGUUCUAGGCUCACGGGAUCUAGCCCGCUCCACUCAAGGCACCUGGAUGGGUGUUACAAGGCAAGGCAAAGUGGCCGUUCUGACGAAUUAUCGUGAGCCUACGGCCACUGCUGCAGUCGGGGCGUAUAGUCGCGGUCGAAUCGUGAACAGCUGGCUGACUGCUUCCCCCAACGAGAAGCAUUCGACCCACAGCUUCGUGCAGGCAAUGGUCAAUGGCCCUGAAGCCAAAAGUGUAGGAGGUUUCAGCCUAGUCUGUGGUCGUAUCAACGAGCCACUGGCAAUUGUGUCCAAUCGUUCUUCCAGCAUGAAUCAUAUCACCUGGGUGGCCGCCGAAAAGAACCAAACCCUCGGCCUCAGCAAUACAAGCGUGGAUGACCGUUCUUGGCCCAAAAUUAUUAAUGGAGAAAAGCUUAUAGCGGCUGCUAUUGAUGACCAUGUGCAAUCGCAAGAAAAUGAGGAUGUUUUAAUCGAAUGUCUCCUCCGCGUUCUAAGCACUGAUACCCUGCCAAAAUACGAAGGUCCUACUCCAAUUGAUACCGAUGCUUUCAGCAUAAACUUCCGCAAGAGUAUCUUCAUUCCUGGCCUCGGAAUCCAAGAUCAUGAUGAUCGUAAGGUCGAGGAGAGUUCUACAGGACAUGGUGAGGGUGAAACUGGCAAGUCACAAUUGAAUGGGCAUCUGGACCAGAAUUAUUCCAGCGGACCAUACGGCACACAGAAGCAAACUAUUCUUCUCGCGCAGGCAGAUGGUCGCAUACGAUAUUUUGAACGGACGCUCUACGAUAAUAAUGCCAAGGCUAUACCAAUUGGACAGGGUGACCGAAACUUUGACUUUUAUAUUGAAAAGUAG